AUGGACAACAAAACCAACCAAAAGUUUUUAAUGUCUGUUAUUUUUUUAUGCCUGUAUAUGAAAAACCAUGUUUGCCUUGCAGCUGACACCAUCACUGCAAACCAACCUCUCUCUGGAGAUCACACCAUUGUCUCUGCAGGUGGGGCUUUUGAGCUGGGUUUCUUCAAACCAGGUAAUUCUUCAAACUACUACAUAGGCAUCUGGUACAAGAAAGUUUCUGUUAGGACCGUAGUGUGGGUGGCAAAUAGGGAACAGCCAAUCUCUGAUAGAUUUUCUUCAGUGUUGAAAAUAUCAGAUGGUAAUUUACUUCUCUUCAGUGAGUCCAAAGGUUCAGUUUGGUCCACAAGUGCGACCUCCACCACCACUAUCUCAGCCUCAGGUUCUGUAGAAGCAGUUCUUUUAGACAAUGGUAACCUUGUCUUAAGAGCUGAUGGAUCUAGUGCUAGUACUAAAUCAGAGCCUUUAUGGCAAAGUUUUGAUCAUCCAGCCGAUACAUGGCUACCAGGAAGUAGAAUCCGAUUCAACAAAAUUACCAAACAACGCCACCAGAUUCUCACUUCAUGGAAGAAUUCAGAGGAUCCUGCACCAGGUCUUUUCUCUCUUGGGCUUGACCCAAAUGGAUCAUUUAUCAUACUGUGGAAUAUGUCUCUACAGUAUUGGACUAGUGGAUCAUGGGAUGAAAAUUCAGAUACUUUCAGAUUGGAUCCUGAGAUGACGCUUAAUAAGGUUUUCAAUUACAGCUAUGUUACAAACGAAAAUGAAAGUUAUUUUACCUAUUCUCUUUAUGAUCCUAAGAGAAUAUCUCAAUACGUGAUGAAUACCUCAGGGCAGAUUCAGCAACUAACAUGGUUGGAGACUACCAGCAAAAGGCAAUGGAAUUUGUUUUGGUCUAAACCAAAAGUUUAUGCCUUUUGCGGACCAUUCAGUAGUUACAAUGAGAAAUCCUUGCCUUUAUGUAGUUGUUUGAUGGGGUUUGAGCCAGAGUCACGUAGGGAUUGGAGUUUGCAGGAUUAUUCAGGUGGGUGCUCAAGAAAAACCAGCCUGCAAUGUGGGAAUGCUGCCGGUGUUAAUGGGACAGAAGAUGGGUUUCUAGAAAUGCCUAGCAUGUCAUUGCCUGCCAAUGUUGAGGAUAAACACUAUAGUGUAACAUGUAGAUCAAUCUGCUUAAGUAACUGCUCUUGCAUUGCUUAUGCUGACGACAGCACUGCUGGAUGUUCAAUUUGGACUGGAGAUCUAUUUGGUCUAAAGCAACUUGCAUCAGAUGACGGUGAUGGAAGGACUUUAUACAUCAGACUUGCAGCUUCUGAGUUUAAGAAUCCCAAAAGUCAUAAGCGCUCCCUAGUAAUUGCAACAGUCUCAGCAACAGCAGGAUUGCUUACAAUAAUUUUUUGUUAUUUCUUAUGGAAGAAGAUUUGGGGAAAGGGAAGGAAAUAUGGUGCUGGAGGUGGAAUGAAUGACACAGAAUUUCCACUCUAUCGUUUAAGGAGAAUAUUAGCUGCAACAAACAACUUCUCUGAAGCUAAUAAACUGGGAGAGGGAGGAUUUGGCCCUGUUUAUAAGGGGAUUUUGCCUGAACUCCAAGAAGUAGCCAUAAAAAGGCUGUCAAAGAAGUCAGGGCAAGGACUUCAGGAGUUCAUGAAUGAGUUGAAGCUUAUAGCCAAACUCCAACACACCAAUCUUGUUAGGCUCUUGGGUUGCUGUAUUGAAAAGGAGGAAAUGAUACUGAUUUAUGAGUACAUGCCGAAUCGAAGUUUGGACAAAUUUUUGUUUGAUCCAUUGGAAAAAACUGAAUUAGAUUGGGGUAAACGCUUUCGAAUUAUAGAAGGUAUUGCUCAGGGACUACUUUAUAUCCACAAGUACUCUAGACUGAAAAUCAUUCACAGGGACCUUAAAGCAAGUAAUAUUCUGUUGGAUGGAUCAAUGAACCCCAAAAUCUCAGACUUUGGAAUGGCAAGGAUUUUUGAGAUGAACCAAACUGAAGCAAAUACCAACAGGGUUGUUGGGACAUACGGCUACAUGUCCCCCGAGUAUGCACUCUAUGGCCAUUUCUCUGAGAAACUGGAUGUAUUCAGCUUUGGAGUGUUGCUGUUGGAGAUUGUAAGUGGAAAGAAGAAUGCUUCUUUUUAUCGUUUCGAAAAUUCCCGAACUCUUGCGGGAUGGGCAUGGGAGUUGUGGAAAGAAGGCAGAGGAAUGGAGGUGAUUGAUGAAUCAGUAAGGGAAGCAUGUGUGCCUCAUGAAGCUCUAAAGUGUAUGCAUGUAGGGUUUUUGUGUGUUCAAGAAGAUCCAGCUGAUCGGCCAACAAUGUCUUCAGUUAUUCUUAUGCUGCAAGGAAAUGAAGCUGCAUCACUUCCACUCUCCAAAGAACCUGCUUUUUCAAUGCAUAGGAACUACCCCCGCGCUGCUGUCGGUAUCCUAACAGUUACCAGUUUCUCCAACAAUGUAAUCACCAUGAGUAUCCCAGAAGGUCGAUAGACGUUCAAUUCAAUAAUGUUUCAUUGCUUCAACACACUUGAAGUUUGAUUUAUGAAGGAAAAUGGAAGACACUGUGACAAGUGUUGACAAUCUGCAAUGCAGAGAGUUGGACCAAUAUCUUUUGAUGGGCCAACGUCCUUCAUUGGGCUUCAGAAUUCAAAUUGGCCCAAGUCAGGUGCGUUCAUAACCCCAAGCUCGGAGAACGCAUAGCUGGGGUAGAUGGGCCAACCCGAACCUAGCAUUCUUUUUAUUCUUUUUUGCACAAACUAUCUCAUCUUAGCAUAGUAAAA